CUCCCUAUCCCAACAGCCACCCGCAAAUCCCCAAACCCAAAGCUCUCCCCCAAAUCCCAAUCACGGUCGAGGGUCGUCGGAGCUGGGGAAGGAAUCUUAUAUUCAAUCCCGGCGUCGGCGACGAUGAGUUACCAUCCACUGGCAUCGAAGUUCCCGCGGUUCUUCAAUUGUAGUGAGGUGAAGGAGCCCUCAUCCAUCUCUCAUCUUGUAACGAUUGGGUUAAACGGGAAUACUACUUCUUCUGCUUCUUUAAUCUUCAUGGCGGACGAGAUUGAUGCUUUGAAAUUGGGAUUUGAGAAUCUCAGAAUCGGACUCGUCGUACCUAGCAUCGGACUCGGCCGAUAUUUUGAACCCUGCCACCAAUCCUUUCCCCCCUGCUGCAAUGCACCGUCGCUCACGGCAUCUCCACCUGUGGCCUUGCCCUUCAAAGCACCUCACGGUCGCCGACGCCUUUCACACCCACAACCAUUCACUCACGCCAAGACCACCAUGGUCAGCCAACAUGGCUGCCAUCUUCAUCCUCCAUGACCUUCAUUUCGUGCUGCUGGAGGAGAAACCACAUGUAGGGAAACACAAAAAACAGGCGAAGAAAACGGAGAACAGCUCUUCCUUGAACAGGGAUGGAAGUCUUAUCUUGUGCUCAGUGGGGACCAUGUGUUUCAUUGCAUUGGUCACUGGGAAUGAUGCCAUUGAAGAUGGAAUUUGUCCUUGCAGCCCUGAUAUUAUCUUGUUUUCAUUCUUUUGUACUGUCUUAUUCGCAAGAAGAUGCACUCCAUGCAUUAAAGAAUUCAUUGAAUGUUUCCAGCAAACAGCUCAUGGACUGGCACCCAAAUGAAGUUGACCCAUGUAGUUGGUCCAAUGUUGUUUGUGACUCCAGUAAUAAAGUCAUUUCUGUAACGUUGUCAUUCAUGCAACUGUCUGGAACAUUGUCCCCCAAAAUUGGAAUUCUGAACACUCUUUCAACACUUACAUUGGAAGGAAAUGGCAUAACUGGUGAGAUACCAGAAGAGUUGGGAAAUUUGUCAAAUCUGACAAUCUUAAAUUUGGGAAAUAACAGAUUAACGGGUGAAAUACCAUCUAGCCUUGGUAAUCUUAAGAAGCUACGGUAUUUGAUUUUGAAUCAAAACAAUCUCACUGGGACUAUCCCUGAGUCACUCUCAAGUCUUCUUCCAAGCUUGAACAGUCUUCAGCUGGCAUCAAAUAAUCUCAGUGGUCAAAUACCUGAGGAUUUAUUUCAAGUGCCGAAGUACAUUUUUACAGGUAAUAGCCUGAAUUGUGGCAGAAAUUUUCCACACCUUUGUGCAUCUGAUAAUGAUUCAGGUGGUUCUCACAAACCGAAAAUUGGACUGAUAGUUGGAAUUGUUGGAGGACUCAUAGGUCUUCUUCUUUUUGCAACUGUGCUGUUUUUUCUGUGGAAGGGUUCAUGCAGAGGCUACAAGCAGGAAGUUUAUGAAGAUGUUGCAGGUGAAGUUGACAGAAGAAUUGAAUUUGGCCAAUUGACAAGAUUUGCAUGGAGGGAGUUACUAGCAGCUACAGAAAAUUUUAGUGAGAAAAAUGUUCUUGGAAAGGGAGGCUUUGGGAAAGUUUAUAAGGGAGUGCUUACAGAUAACACCAAGGUUGCUGUGAAACGAUUAACAGAUUAUGAAAGUCCUGGUGGAGAUGCAGCUUUCCAGCGUGAGGUGGAGAUGAUAAGUGUAGCUGUUCACAGGAAUCUAUUACGGCUGAUUGGAUUUUGCACAACACCAACAGAACGGAUUUUGGUGUAUCCCUUUAUGCAGAACCUAAGUGUGGCGUCUCGCCUUCGGGAGGUUAAACCUGGGGAGCCAGUUUUAGAUUGGGGUACAAGAAAACGGGUGGCUUUAGGCACAGCACGUGGACUAGAAUACCUGCAUGAACAUUGCAAUCCCAAGAUUAUUCAUCGGGAUGUUAAGGCUGCUAACGUAUUACUGGAUGAAGAUUUUGAAGCUGUUGUUGGGGACUUUGGCUUGGCAAAGUUGGUGGACGUGAGAAUUACCAGCGUGACAACUCAAGUUCGGGGAACGAUGGGCCACAUAGCACCUGAGUACUUCUCCACUGGGAAGUCAUCAGAGAAGACAGAUGUUUUUGGUUAUGGGAUUAUGCUGCUGGAACUUGUAACGGGUCAACCAGCAGUUGAAUUUUCACGCUUAGGAGGAGAAGAUGAUGUCUUGCUGCUUGACCAUGUCAAGAAGCUUGAAAGGGAGAAAAGGCUAGCUGUUAUUGUAGAUCGCAACCUAAAUCGGAACUAUGACAUCCAAGAAGUGGAGAUGAUGAUCCAAGUUGCAUUGCUCUGUACACAACCAUCACCAGGCCAUCGUCCAGCAAUGUCAGAGGUGGUUCGGAUGCUUGAAGGAGAGGAGCUGGCUGAGAGAUGGGAAGAAUGGCAGCAUGUGGAAGUUAGUCGUCGACAGGAGUAUGAGCGGCUGCAAAGAAGAUUUGACUGUGGGGAAGAUUCACUCUAUCACCAUGAUGCUGUUGAAUUAUCUGGUGGAAGAUGAGGUAAUGGAUGAAUCCAAUCUCACUCCCCUUACUUCAAAGCCAUAUAAUUUUCUUUCAGUAGGUUAGCUUCGUUUCCUUCCAAUUGUAUUUUAUUUAAAAAAUUACAGGAAAAAGAACCAUGCCUUGAAUAUUUUUGGAUGGAUUUCUGGUUCCAGCUUUUCUCCUUCGCUAAAUUUUAUUUGGAAUUCUCAUGUGUGUAUGUGGUUGUGUGUGUUUGAGCAAUACUCAAACAAUCCAAGGCCUUGUAUUUUGUAUUAUGAAGCUUUUUCUCUAUGUUAAUAUUGAAUAGUGCCUUUUGAAUC